AUGUACCGAAGCCAGCCUUUCUGUCUCAUGACUGGUACAAUGGAUGUAUUUUAAUUAUUUUAAAAAGAUGUGAAACAAAUCCUUCCAUCUUCCAUAUCAUCUACUAAGGACACACAUAACUUACACCUUAAGUCGUGAAUAUCUACAAUACCUAUCUGCCUACAUAAUAUCGGGUACACAAAUCUUCCCCUCCCCCCCAAGCCAAGUACCGGGUAGUUCGAAUUAGAUCCUCUAAGGACGUUACCUUAAUUUAAAAAAAAAAUAUCGCCCCGAAUGGCAUCCGCAACUGGAAUACCCCAACAUGCCCCGAUUGAUCCGGACAACGAAGGACAAGAGGAUUUGGAACCUCUAUUAGGCCGGCCCGGAGAUGCUUCUCAAAGAGAAAAUGCCCCCAUAGCCAAAAACCUGAUCAUAGGCACCGGCGUCAUCGCCGAGGCUGCUGGCAUCCUCCUCGUAGCUUCGGUCUGGGCCGCAGUCUUCCUCAACGGCCCUCUGAUCCUCUUCUCCGUCCAUCCCUUAGCGCAAUCCGCGGGGCUGCUCGUUCUCAUCCAGUCCAUCCUCGUCCUACAGCCGACCCACACAGGGGCCCAGAAGCAAGUUGGCCAGAAAAUCCACGCCGGUCUCAACUUCCUCGCCUUUGCCAUCUUCGCCGUCGGCGUUAUCAGCAUCGAGGUCAACAAGUUCAUCAACAACGGGGCUCACUUCCACUCCGUCCAUGGCUACCUCGGUGUUAUCGCCUCCUUCUGGCUCCUUGCCCAGUACAUCGUCGGUUUCACCAUGUUCGGCCUUCCCCAGCUGUACGGCGGCGAGGCCAACGCGAAGAAGAUGUGGAAGUAUCACCGCUCCAGCGGCUACGUCCUCCUCUUGUUCCUAGCUGCCACCGUGGUCAGCGCAACCCAGACAGACUACAACAUAGGCGUCCUGAAGCUCAAGCUGUGGGCCAUGAUCGUCAUCUCGGUGCUCCUCGUUAUCGGCGUUUUCCCCCGGAUCAAGAAGCAUAAGCUUGGCUUGUGAUAUAGCGGAGUAGUACGCCUCAGAGGUACAACGAGUAGAUCAGGCGGGUCAGGUCGGGUUGCGAGGAGUAAUGCCGAUUUCUUAACUCGCGUGCAUUAUACUGCUUGGCAUGGCAAGAUGGAAUCGUUAUACUUCCUUACUUUUUCCCAGUCUUUAUCGCACCACUUACCUAUGGCGUCAAAACUUGGGGAACAAGACAGCUCGGUAUAAGGGCACCCUCAUUAGACAGAUUUGUUCUGAUGGGGAAAAGGAUGCAUUUUUAAGGAAAGGGAUCUGAAGAGAGCGGGCUAUAAAAUGUUGAGGUUGCUUUUGUGGUGGAUAUUCGAAAAUAAGAGACAAAAAAAUAAAGAUUUAACUAUUGGCUAUGGUGAACCAAGGAUAGGUAUCCAUACCAUCGAUUCGACUUUAUUACCCACAAACCUGGAGCCAAAGUAAUUUUUACCUACCCUGCAUAAGGCUCUCAAAUCUCGUACUUGGUAAUUGGUAUGAUCUUGUGGAUACUUGAGGUAGGUUGGUAUAGGGGUAAAUUAAUCAAUAGAUGUCGUCAGCUACCUACCUACCUACCUACCUAUCAUGUCAUGUGAGCCUCCAUACGACGGUUAUCUUGUUAUUUUUUUUACCUAAACAUGGGGU